CUUUUGAUGCACCACGAUCUUGCUGGUGCUGUUUGUAGAUGGUGCCAAUAUAUACGUAAAAAUGCAGAAAACUUGGAUAGUUUGUCUGAUUUUGGUGACAUUUUCUCUGGGGCAAGACACAACUGGAAAAGGUCGGCAAAAUGGAUAUGGAAGAGAGAACCAAAGCGAAAAUGCAUGUAAUGGGGUAAUGCAAGGGAAAGCAAAAGUCCCAAACGACUGCCGGAGGUACACAAUUUGUCUCCUCGGGCACUCGUUCAGAGAGCAGACCUGCGAAUCCUACAUGGUUUUCAACCAGAGAACAAACGAAUGUGACACUCUUGCUAAUCUCGAGUCAGAUGACCCCUGUAAGGACGCUGGCGCUAAAGCAAAAACCAUGAACCCUCCGGAGCACUUUGACACUCCGAAAUGCUCAUACAAGGGUAUCCAGUAUGAAGAGGGGGUACAGUGGGUGGACAAGUGCCAGAAUUGCACCUGUAUCGCAGCCCCAGCCUUCAUACAUUGCACGGAAAGCUGCCCUAAAUUCGACAAGCUACCUGCCCGGUGCAGAGUCGUGAAAGCCCAAGACGACAAUUGCUGUGGCAAACUACAGUGUGACCCACCACCAAUUGCCACACCCACUCCUAAGUCAACUACAGGGUCCACUUCCACUGCUACAAUAACCACAACUAUACCUUCCACUUCUACUAUUGUUUCAACCACGACAUUACCUGAACCAAAAUGUACCUACAAGGGUAAACUGUACAGUGGCGGUGAAGUGUGGGAAGACGACUGUCAAAUUCACACCUGUGUUGCUCCCCCGUUCUUCAUACAUAGCAAGCCAAGGUGCCACCCACUGACAUCUACCGGUGUCUUCAAUAACUGUAGGAUUGUAGAAGACCCAGCAAAUCCGUGCUGUCAAAAAACAAUUUGCGACCAAGCUACUGCAUCGCCACAGAUUUUGAAGCUGACCACAACUCCGCCUCAAAUGAGUACACGUGCAGAGACAAAGCCAACUACUGCAAAAUCAGCUUCUACAAGCACAGUGCGAGCUACUCCAAAAAUUACCACCUCUGCAACCCCAGUCGUGAAGACCUCUACUACUGAAUUAACAACCACUGUCACUAAAUCAACUGCUGCACCAACCACCAGCAACACAGAGCCCACAACAACUACCAUUAAAGUGUCGACCACUGAACCCAAAACCACCACCAAAUCCACCACCCUAAAACCUAAAACCACCACACCUGAACCUACAACUUCGACCAUCGCCCCAACCACUGCAUUGCCUGAACCAAAAUGUACCUACAAGGGUAAACUGUACAGUGGUGGCGAAGUGUGGGAAGACGACUGUCAGAUUCACACGUGUGUUUCUCCUCCGUUCCUCAUACAUAGCACGCCAAGAUGCCCCCAACCGGCGAUAAAUGGAGGCAAUAAUAAGUGUAGGAUCAUACAGGACCCAGACGACCCCUGCUGUCAAAAAGUAAUAUGCAACGAAAAUACAACCACUACAACUGAACCCUCACUCAUUUCUAUCAAAAUUCCUACCACAUCCACAAAAUUCUCAACCACUGCCACAAAACCCACAACCACAGUUCAAAACCCCACAAGCACGACCACUAAACCCACAAACAGCACAACUAAAUUAACACCCACCGCAUCUGAACCUACCACUUCUACCAUUGCCUCAACCACCACAUUACCUGAACCAAAAUGUACCUACAAGGGAAAACUGUACAGUGGCGGUGAAGUGUGGGAAGACGACUGUCAGAUUCACACCUGUGUUUCUCCUCCGUUCCUUAUACAUAGUGCACCAAGAUGCCCACAGCCUGCGAUAAAUGGAGACAAUAAUAAGUGUAAAAUCAUACAGGAUCCAGACGACCCCUGCUGUCAAAAAGUAAUAUGCAACCAAACUACUCCAUCGCCGGAGAUUUUGAAACAAACCCCUACAACCACUACAACUGAACCCACAUCCACUACUAUCAAAAUCCCUACCACAUCCACAAAAUCUAAAAACACUGCCACAAAACCCACAACUACUGUUCAAAACCCCACAAGCACGACCACUAAACCUACAACCACUACCACUGAACCUACCACUUCUACCAUUGCCUCAACCACGGCAUUACCUGAACCAAAAUGUACCUACAAGGGUAAACUGUACAGUGGCGGUGAAGUGUGGGAAGACGACUGUCAGAUUCACACCUGUGUUGCUCCUCCGUUCUUCAUACAUAGCACGCCAAGAUGCCCCCAGCCGGCGAUAAAUGGAGACAAUAAUAAGUGUAGAAUCAUACAGGAUCCAGACGACCCAUGCUGUCAAAAAGUAAUAUGCAACGAAAAUACAACCACAACUUCCAAACCCACAACCACUGAACCAACAACCACAACUCUAACAAUUACAACCACUAAAAAGGAAUCCAAAACAACAACCUCAAAUCUAACAACUGAACUUACAACAACUACCACUGAACCUACCACUUCUACCAUUGCCUCAACCACGACAUUACAUGAACCUAAAUGUACCUACAAUGGUAAACUGUACAGUGGCGGUGAAGUGUGGGAAGACGACUGUCAGAUUCACACCUGUGUUGCUCCUCCGUUCUUCAUACAUAGCACGCCGAGAUGCCCACAGCCUGCGAUAAAUGGAGGCAAUAAUAAGUGUAAGAUCAUACAGGAUCCAGACGACCCCUGCUGUCAAAAAGUAAUUUGUAACCAAACUACUGCAUCGCCGGAGAUUUUGAAACAAACCCCUACAACCAGUACAACUGAACCCACAUCCACUACUAUCAAAAUCCUUACCACAUCCACAAAAUCCAAAACCACUGCCACAAAACCCACAACCACUGUUCAAAUACCUACAAGCACGACCACAAAACCUACAAACACCACCACUAAACUUACAACCACUGCCACUGAAACUACCACUUCUACCAUUGCCUCAACCACGGCAUUACCUGAACCAAAAUGUACCUACAAGGGUAAACUGUACAGUGGCGGUGAAGUGUGGGAAGACGACUGUCAGAUUCACACCUGUGUUGCCCCUCCGUUCCUCAUACAUAGCAAGCCAAGAUGCCUCCCGCUGACAUCUGGUAGUGUUUUUAAUAAUUGCAAGAUUGUGGAAGACCCAGAAGAUCCUUGCUGUCAAAAAACAAUAUGUGACCCAGCCACUGCCCCACCAGAGAUUUUGAAACAGACCACUCCUACUACAACAAAGACAACCAAAGUGGCCAUCACAAAAACAACUUCUAAGCCUUCAACUACAACCGCUACAACUACCAGCAAACCUUCAACGACUACAACUGAAGCUACCAUUAUAACAACCACCAAACCUUCAAUGCCUACAACUGAACCUGCAACCACAACAACCACCAAACCUACAACGACUACAACUGAACCUACCACUACAACUACCACCAUACCUACAACGACUACAACUGAACCUACAACUACCACAUCUACCAAAGCUACAAUGACUACAACUGAACCUACAACUACAACCCACCAAACUACAACAACUACAACUGAACCUACAACUACAACAACAACCAAAGCUACCACUACAACUGAGCCUACAACCACAAUUGAGCCCACGACUACAACUACUUCCAAACCCCAAACCACUACCACUGAACCUACCACUUCUACCAUUGCCUCCACCACCACAUUACCUGAACCAAAAUGUACCUACAAGGGUAAACUGUACAGUGGCGGUGAAGUGUGGGAAGACAACUGUCAAAUUCACACCUGUGUUGCUCCUCCGUUUUUCAUACAUAGCAAGCCAAGAUGCCUCCCACUGACAUCUGGUAGUGUUUUUAAUAAUUGCAAGAUUGUUGAAGACCCAGAAGAUCCUUGCUGUCAAAAAACAAUAUGUGACCCAGCCACUGCCCCACCAGAGAUUUUGAAACAGACCACUCCUACUACAACAAAGACAACCAAAGUGGCCAUCACAAAAACAACUUCUAAACCUUCAACUGCAACCACUACAACUACCAGCAAACCUUCAACGACUUUAACCGAAGCAACCACUACUACAACAACCAAACCUACAAUGCCUACAACUGAAUCUACAACAACAACAACCACCAAAACUUCAACGACUACAACUGAACCUACAACUACAACUACCACCAAACCUACAACUACUACA